CCAACAUCAUCCAGCUGCUGACUGGAGAGGUUGCCAUAAGGACUCAUCAUGUUUCCAUCUAUUUUUCCUUGGACGAGUGGGACUAUAUAAAAGGAAACAAGGACCUUUAUGAGGAAGGGAUGAAGGAGGAUCUGCAGCAGCUCCGACCAUUGGACAGUGGAUAUGAAGAUAAGAGAGAUAUUACAGCUGAUCUGGGAGGAACAUUAUGUUAUUAUAAUGGGCCAAGCAAGAUUGGGGCUGAAGUAGCAGAUUUUUGCACCGAUGGAAAUCUCACAAACCCGGAAAAUUCUCCAAUCGAACAGCCCCCACCAGCCAAUGGGAUUAAAGAGGAAGUGGCUUCAUGGGAAGGAGGAAACCAAUCAGAUUGCAGCAUUAAUCAAUUUACAGAUCAGAUACAGGGAACAGAGACACCUACUCCUAUCAUGAAAUCCAGACUGAAUAACCACUUGGCAGUUAAUUAUAUAUCCAAUAAUGUAGAAGAAGAGGUGUCUUUGAGUAAAGAACAUCUUUCUGAUUAUAGGAUUAUUACGGUUUCUGAACCAGUGCAGGAAACAGCUUCUGUUAUCAUGGAAUGUAGCCUGAAUAACAGCGCUGUAGCUAAUUUUAUAUCAGAUAAUGUAGAAGAAGAGGUGUCUUUGAGUAAAGAACAUCUUUCUGAUUAUAGGAUUAUUACAGUUUCUGAACCAGUGCAGGAAUCAGCUUCUGUUAUCAUGGAAUGUAGCCUUAAUAACUGCUUGUCAGCUAAUUAUAUACCCAUUAUAAUUACAGAGGAGUCAGUUAGAUGGGAAGGGGGAAACCAAUCAGAUUGCAGCAUUAAUCCACUUGUGGGACAGAUACAGGGAACAGAUAUACCUACUCCAAACAUGGGAUGCAGCUUGAAUAACAGCUUGGCAACUAAUUAUAUAUCAGUUGGUAUUAAAGAGGAGCCACUUUCAUGUGAAGAGGGAAACUAUUCAGAUGGCUGUGGAGAUUUUCCCACAGAAAAGAUACAGGGAACAUCUUCACCUACUCUAAUCGUGGACACAUAUAACUGUUCUGAGUGCCAUAGACACUUUGGAACUGAGAACGGUCUUCUCAAGCAUCAGAAAACUCACCAAGGAGCAACACCAGUUGCCUGUUCGGUGUGUGAAAAACUUUUUGUGUGCCAGUCAGACCUUAUUUUACAUCUGAGAAGUCACACAGGAGAGAAACCAUAUUCUUGCUCCAAAUAUGGAAAAUUGUUUUCAAGUCAGCCAGACUUAAAUAGACAUUACACAAUACACAGAGGAGAGAAGCAGUUUUCUUGUUUGGAAUGCGGGAAACAUUUUAAAGACCACUUGAGCCUCUGUAUACAUCGGAGAACUCACACAGGAGAGAAACCAUUUUCCUGUACUGAAUGUGGGAAAAGUUUCACCCGUCGUUCAGGCCUUAACGAACAUCUCAGACUUCAUAUGGGAGAGAAGCCAUUUUCUUGUUCUGAAUGUGGGAAAUGUUUCAUCAGUCGCACAUACCUCACCAGACAUCUCAGAGUUCACACAGAAGAGAAACCAUUCACUUGCACUGAAUGUGGGAAAUGUUUCCGUAAUCGCACAGGCCUUAGAUUCCAUAAAGUAAUGCACACAGAAGCAAGGCCAUUUUCCUGUUCUGAAUGUGGGAAACACUUUAAAGAACGCUUGAGCCUCUGUGUACAUUGGAGAAGUCACACAGGGGAGAAACCAUUUUUCUGUUCUGAAUGUGGAAAAUGUUUUACCCGUCGCUCAGGUCUCACAGAACAUCUCCGAGUUCACACAGGAGAGAAGCCGUUUUCUUGUUCUGAAUGUGGGAAAUGUUUUGCCAGUCGCACACAACUUACCAGACAUCUCAGAAUUCACACUGGGGAGAAACCAUUCACUUGCACUGAAUGUGGGAAUUGUUUUCGUAAUCGCACAGACCUUCAGAUCCAUAAAAUAGCGCACACCGGAGUGAAACCAUUUUCCUGUUCUGAUUGUGGGAAACGUUUUACCCGACGCUCAGGCCUUACCGUACAUUUCAGAAGUCACACAGGAGAGAAACCAUAUACUUGUACUGAUUGUGGGGCGUGUUUUGCACGUCGUUACCAGCUUACUGCACAUUCCCUGUUACACACAGGAGAGUAACUGGUUUCUGAUAACUGGUAACUGGACAUAUACAACGAUGAGUGAGUAAUAUACAAUUAUGAUGCUACCAAAUUAAAAUUACUUUUGGAUAAUCAAUGUUUCCUCUUCAAUAAAGAUGUAAUACUUA